AUGGCGACCCUCAAGGCCAACAUUGCUCCGGUCCCGACCGCGGCCGACUUCCUCGACAUUGUCCUGUCCAAGACGCAGAGGAAGACGCCCACCGUCGUUCACCCGGGAUGGAAGAUCACCCGUAUCCGCUCUUUCUACAUGCGCAAGGUCAUGUUCACAAAGGACGCCUUCAACGAGAAGCUCGACGCCAUCCUGACCGAGUUCCCCAUCAUGGACAACCUGCACCCCUUUAUCUCGUCGCUGCUCAACGUGCUGUACGACAAGAACCACUACAAGCUCGCUCUGGGCCAGCUCAACACCGCCCGCCACCUGAUUGAGCAGGUGGCCAAGGACUAUGUCCGCCUGAUCAAGUUUGGCGACAGCCUGUACCGCUGCAAGCAGCUCAAGCGCGCCGCCAUGGGCAGGAUGGCCACCAUCAUGCGCCGCCAGAAGGACCCGCUCGCCUACCUCGAGCAGGUCCGCCAGCACAUGUCGCGUCUUCCCUCGAUCGACCCUUCGACCCGCACGCUGCUGAUCUGCGGCUACCCCAACGUGGGCAAGUCGAGCUUCAUCAACAAGGUCACGCGCGCCGACGUCGACGUCCAGCCGUACGCCUUCACCACCAAGUCGCUCUUUGUCGGUCACAUGGACUACAAGUACCUGCGGUGGCAGGUCAUCGACACCCCCGGUAUCCUCGACCACCCGCUCGAGGAGAUGAACACCAUCGAGAUGCAGUCGAUCACUGCGCUGGCCCACCUGCGUGCGGCGGUGCUGUACUUUAUGGACCUCUCGGAGCAGUGCGGCUACACGAUCGAGGCCCAGGUCCAGCUGUUCAACAGCAUCAAGCCGCUGUUUGCCAACAAGCCGACCAUCCUGGCCAUCAACAAGAUCGACGCCAUGCGCCUCAGCGACGUCGAGCCUGAGCGGGCCGCGCUGAUCCGCAGCGUGAUUGACGAGUCCGAGGGCAAGGUGCAGCUUGCCGAGCUCAGCACCUACACCGACGAGGGCGUCAUGGACGUGCGCAACCUCGCGUGCGACACGCUGCUCGCCUCGCGCAUCGAGACCAAGAUGAAGGGCACCAAGAUCAACUCGGUCCUCAACCGCGUCCACGUCGCCCAGCCCAAGUCGCGCGACGACGUCAAGCGCAAGCCGUUUGUCCCCGAGGGCCUGGCCGACAAGAAGAAGUACGACGCCAAGGACCCGGAGCGCAAGCGGACGCUGCGCGACGAGCAGGAGGAGAACGGCGGCGCCGGCGUCUUCAACAUCGACAUCAAGCGCGACUACAUGCUCGCCAACGACGAGUGGAAGUACGACGUCAUCCCCGAGGUCUACGAGGGCAAGAACAUUGCCGAUUUCGUCGACCCGGACAUCCUCGAGAAGCUCGAGGCACUCGAGCGCGAGGAGGAGAAGCUCGAGGCCGAGGGCUUCUACGACGACAGCGAGGGCGAGGACGACAUCGUCGACGAGGAGGAGGAGGCCAUCCGCUCGGCCGCCCAGGCGAUCCGCGCGCGGCAGGAAAAGGCCAAGCUGCUGGCCCAGGACCGCAACAAGAGCAAGAUCCAGAACCAGCUGCCGCGCAAGUUCCAGGCGCGGACCAUGUCGCAGAUGGCCGAGAGGAUGCUCGAGAUCGGCAUCGACCCGAGCAGCGUCACGGCACGCGCCGAGCUGCUGGCCAAGGCCAAGGGUCUGGCGGGCAAGCGCAAGCGCACCGCCGACGCCGACGACGCCGACGCCAGCAUGGACGUCGAGGACGAGGCGGCCUGGGAGGACGACGAGGGCGAUGCGGCCAUGGACGUCGAUGAGGCCAGCGGCCAGCGCAAGGCGAGGAAGAGCAACGUCGGCGCCAAGCUGCGGUCGUCGACGACGGCGCUCACCAACAAAUCGGGUGGCAAGAUUACGGCGCGUGCCGGCGCCAAGCGCGUGCCCGCGCGCGAUCGGUCGAUGAUGGGCCUCAAGAACGAGCAGCAGAAGGACAAGGCGGUGCGGCUGCACGACCUCAGCCUGCGUCCGUUCCAGCUGCAGGCUAAGACGGGAGAGUCGGACAGGCACAUCAAGGAGAAGCUGCCAAAAUGGCUCUUUGCCGGAAAGAUGGGCAAGGGCACGUCGAGAAGUCGCUGA